CAAUUAAAUUUUUGUAACUUAAUGUAUAAUUUGGUGAGAUUCUUUAUCGCCACCUUGGAUCAUAUAUGUAUAUAUACUUUUCGGAUGAACCAUGCAGAGAGAGCAACAGCAAUUCCAGUUAGUUGUUCCUCGCAUAAUGUGGUUAUUAACGUUACUUUUACUAUUGCCCCGAGUAGAAUUAAGGGCAGAUAGUCAAAUAAUUCGGUUAGCUGAAUUACUAAACCGAAUUGGAUAUAUUUAUAACCUGCAGGCCAUUAGCAUAGUUCAUAGCUUGGAUUCGAUUUCACAAUUCGAAUUGACUGAACUUCAUCGAGCACUGCGAAGCAAUCAGAGUCAACAUUUUUAUCAAUUACCUCAAAUGACGGCCAAUGAAGAACCAGGCGGAUAUUUCAGUACUCUUUUGGAUGAGGACAGUCUAUAUGUGAUAUUUGGACGAGAUACCAAAGAUACGGUGAUUCAAUUGCAGGCCCAAAGGGCACGUGGUCGUCGCUAUUGCAAGACAUUGUUUCUAUUGAAGCAAGUGAAAUCGUCAACAUUAUUGAGACAGUUCUUUCAGCAGCUCUGGCUAAUGCAAUUUCGUUCAGCUUUAGUUCUCAUAGCUGGUAAUUCACGUCGCCAACAAGAGCAUCGUGUUUAUCGUAUGGAUCCAUAUCCCGAAUUACGUGUACUUCGGCUUAAGAAUGUUUCACAUCUUGAAAAUUUAUUUCCCAUACCGAAUGCCAAAAACUUCAAAGGCUAUAAACUGCUUCUGCCUGUACAAGUCGAUGCGCCGGCCACAUUUUGGUAUGAUCAUCAAUUGGAUGGCACUGGUGGCAAAUUUAUACGAGUAUUGAUGGCUCAUCUGAAUGUGACCAUGGAAUUGUUUCCCUUUAUUGUCAAUGGAUCGAAUUAUUUGAAUAUGCCGGCACUUAUUGAGCUGAUAGUUUCAAAUCGUGUGGAACUUAGUCCACAUUUGUUCACCACACUGCAACCGACAACGCUUGUGGAUUAUACCUAUGCCUAUAAGGUAGUGCCGCGAUGUUUUAUGAUACCUCUGGACAAUCAGAUACCACGCAGUCUAUAUGCCUUUCUGCCCUUUGAGUGGCCCGUGUGGAUUAGCCUGUUGAGCAUAAUGCUUUUUAUACAUUUUGUGGUCAUACGACGUUUGCAACCGGAUUCCCAGCUCUGGUCAUUGGUGGGCAUACCGGGAAGUCAUAGUAUACCAACUGCUAGAUGGCCAUUGUGGAAGUUUUUGCAUAAUUAUGCGACCUGUUUGAUUCUAAUCUUUGGCAUAUUUAUCAUAUCACAAUUAUAUUCCACCAAAUUGACCUCAUUUCUGACCGUAAUAUUGACCCGUAAGCCAACAAAUUCACUAAGUGAUAUGUUUCAAUUACCUUAUCGCAUUCUGGUCUUGCCCAGUGAUGUUAGUCCCAUAGUCAGUUCACUUGGCCAUGCCAAGGAAUUUCAAAAACAUUUCAAUUUCGCCUCCACUAGCCGUUUCUAUACUCAACGCAUGGAAAUGGAUGGAAAUACCAUUUAUCCGAUUAGUACGAUACGCUGGGAAUUCGUUGAUCAACAGCAGCGUUAUCUAAAGUAUAAGAAAUUUCAUCUAUCACAUCUUUGUUAUGGAACAUUUCCAUAUCAAUAUCAAGUGCGGAUCGAUUCACAUUUCAAGGAUCCCAUACAUCGCAUACAAUUGUAUAUCCAACAGGCAGGAAUUGCCGUCCAUUGGCUUAAAACUGCCUAUCAUCGUGCCCGUCAGAUGGGCUAUGUUCAUGAUUUUGCCGGCGAUCAGCAUUAUAAGGAACGUCCAUUGAAUCUUAAUCUAUUGGCGCCAACAUUUUAUCUUUAUUUACUGGGAGUUUCAGUAAGCUUGAUUGGAUUUUUGUUUGAGAUUCAUGCGAAUGAUGUUGCCUGGUUUAGACGAUGAGAAGAUCCUCCUACUACUACUAACAGCAUAUACAUAUUAUCUAUAUCUACAUAUAUAUAUCUCAAAACUAAUGCAUAUGAAAGUAGCACAUUUUUAACACUGAUGAUCAAAUUUAUGAUAUUAUUAUAUACAUACAUAUAUGAAAUUUUAAGUAUUAACUUUAUUUACUAGAUAUUAAG